UUUUCCCUGAAUUUCUUGAUGUCUUGCUGUUCUUUCCCAAGUUCCAACGGCAAUAUCUUUUUCGAAACAAAAAAAGAUUGCCUUUCCCCCCGUAAAUUUCACAUGAUAAUAUUUUUCGUCCUCAACCAACUCGACUAACCCUAGUGUUCCGUGUUUGCAGGUGAGCAGAGUUUGGGCUAGUAGGAUUUAGCCGUUCCGUUUCUGAGAAAAUAAUUUGGAGCUCAAGAGGCCACAAUGCCGAAGAUGUUCGGCUUCUCUCGUCGCCGGAUUAAGCUGGGAAGGCUGAAGGGUCAUCUUCAUGAUCCUUUCCAUGGCUCCCGGAGUCCUGCUCGGCCUACCAAGCGGCACAGUCAUCCCAACGAAGAAGAGCUAGUGGCUACGUCAGUGAGUGGGCGUCCAGAUGACCUUGCUUGGCGCUGUUCGUCUGAUACUUUUGAUCUCAAUGGUCGUGCAUUUGAAAACUCGGAGAAUUGGGCGGUAUUGUCAACAGAGGGGGAUAAACCGAGCCCUCGUUUUGAUCAUGCAGCAGCCAUGGUAGGCAGCAAAAUGAUAGUCUUCGGUGGUGAUGCCGGUCAUCAUUUGCUGGAUGAUACAAAGAUAUUGAGCCUAGACAAACUUACAUGGGAUUCUGUGGCUUCUAAAGUUCGUGCAUCACCAGGUGGACGUUCUCCGAAGUUUCGACCAUGCAAAGGUCAUUGUCUGGUUCCAUGGGGCAAGAAUGUCAUUCUUGUCGGAGGAAAAAGCGAGCCACCUUCUGACCGGAUAACAGUAUGGACAUUCAAUUCGGAAACGGAGAUCUGGUUGCAUAUGGAAGCGAAGGGCGACAUUCCGGUAGCUCGAAGUGGCCAUACAGUGACUAGAGCAGGCCCUGUUUUGAUCCUCUUUGGUGGAGAGGAUACUAAAGGGAAGAAACUGCAUGACCUUCAUAUGCUUGAUCUGAAGUCUUUAACAUGGCUUCCAUUGAACUAUAAAGGUGCUGGACCUUCUCCAAGAUCGAAUCAUGUGGCUGCACUUUACGAUGAUAGAAUUCUUCUGAUUUUUGGAGGCCAGUCAAAAUCCAAGACCCUAAAUGAUGUUCAUGCUCUAGACUUCGAAACAAUGGUAUGGUCAAGAGUGAAAACACAUGGUCAUCAUCCAUCACCUCGAGCAGGUUGCUGUGGAGCUCUCUGUGGGACUAAAUGGUAUAUAGCAGGGGGUGGAAGCAAGAAAAAGCGUCAUCCUGAAACCUGGGUCUUCGAUGUCCUGGAAUCCAAGUGGUCCGUUUGUGUAGUACCUCCUAGUUCCUCAAUUACUACCAAGAAAGGUUUCAGCAUGGUUCCGUUGUACUACAGGGAUAAGAUUGUUCUUGUUUCGUUUGGAGGAAACAAGAAGGAGCCAUCUGAUAAGGUCGAAGUCCUAGUAGUGCUGCAAAAUGAACAUUGUUUCAGCUGGCGGUCUGCUCCUGACGCAGAACCGUUAAUGUAUGAGGACUCUCCUCCUAGCUCUAAGGAACUUGCCGAUCACCUCAACAACUGUGAACCUGUUAAUUCAGUAGCAAGACACAGUCUUGCGACAACAGUGGAGAGCUCAUCUGGGAGGAAAUCGAUUCCUGAUUCACUGCUACAAAACUCGAAUCUGGGCAGCUCAUCACUCCGCAGGCAGUUCCGUCAGGAGGAGGAAUGCAGCCUGGCACAAAAACUGCAGAAGCCAAUCGAUGAUGACAAGUACAAGGAUGUUGACGAUUGUUCUGAGCUACCAUCCUUUGCAAACCAAAAGCAGCGGAGCGACACAUAUCAUUCUCCAGAUGCUGAUGCUAAAGCGAAGAGGUUGGGUAGAAGUUCAUCAGACAUUAACCAUCAGCACGAUACAAAAAUCGCAAACCUGGCCAGGAGAAACAUGGCGUUGGAAGAGAAAGUUUCGGCUGCAAUGGCGAGCAAAGACGAAGCAGAGAAGAACUUGUCUCUUGUUAUUGACAGCAAGGAAGAGCUAGAGAAGAGGCUAGCAGAGAGGGACAGGGAAGUCGAGAUGCUGAAGGAGAAGGUGAUAGGAUUAGAAUUGGCACAAGAAGAUUCAAACAGUGCCUCAAACACUGUCCAUGCUGACAAUGUGCGGCUGGAGCGUGAAGUGGCCUUUUUGAAGGCCGUCAUGGAUGAGAACCAGAAGGAGCUGCACUCGACCCGUGGAGUUCUAGCAGGAGAGCGUGCAAGGGCGUUCCAGCUCCAGGUUGAAGUGUUCCAUCUGAAGCAAAGGCUGCAAACAAUGGAUGGAAGGUCACCUACACCGAGAAAACCUCAGAACAUCUAGGUCUUCCAUGGUGAUGAGUUUGUCCAGCAUCCAGAUGUAAAUUAAUUGUUUGGAUGCCUAUUUGUCCAUCGAAACAUUAAGUGUGUGUUUGGUUGGCUACUGUACUUUGUGACACCUAGGUUGUCAAAUCCACUUUAUAUUGUGGCGACCAAAGUGCGGUAACGAACCAAACAUCCAUAAUAUGUUCUCAUCAUAGAGAUUGUAAUCUCAAUAAUGUUAUUAAAGACCCAAAUGGAUUGAUUCGUGCAAUCAUGUAUGAUCUAAUAAUGAUG